CAGACGAGAACAGAAGUCGGCGUACACGUAAGAUAUUGUUGCUUCUUGCAAAGCGAACAGACAAAGGCAGGGCAGCCUUUCGGAGAUAUCAAGGGACUUCAUCUCGACCACUCCGAACUUCCUUAUUAACGUCCCUCUUCUCAUUUUCAACUCACAAGUCGACCGAUCCAUAGCUUCCGUGCAUCUGUAUCUACGCGCACAAACUCAUAUACACUGUGCGUGUAGUCCACGAGUAUCAUGGCGACGUUUUCUCCAUCGACACAUUGUCCAUCGUCGUCGGCUUAUUCGAAUAGUUCGUCCGUCAUGAAUGGUAGUAAUCGGCUUCAACAACGUAUAGCGUUAUCCUCAAUUCUUCCUAAACGAUGUCGUUCAAGAAAGUUGUCUCUACAACAAUCAUCCAACGGGGUCUCACUCUCGAAAGCUGUUCAUGUUCAAGAUGGUGCUACAAACAUGAAAACAUCCCCUGUUGAAAAUGAUGGUCCUGUUAAGAUAUUGAAAGAUGGAAUAUUAUCCGUACCAGUACCACCCCCAGAAGAAGUCAAAGACAUUGCAAGCUUUGAUUUUGAUAAAGACAAGUCUAGUGUCAGUAUAACAGUUGUUGGAGCCUCAGGUGAUCUUGCAAAAAAGAAGAUAUUUCCUGCACUUUUUGCGCUUUUUUAUGAAGGCUGCCUCCCUGAGCAUUUCACGAUAUAUGGAUAUGCACGAAGUAAGAUGAGUGAUGCUGAACUUAGAACCAUGGUCAGCAAGACACUUACAUGCAGAAUUGAUCAAAGGGAGAACUGCGGUGAAAAGAUGGACCACUUUCUUGAAAGAUGUUUCUAUCAUCCUGGUCAAUAUGAUUCUGAAGAAAACUUUUUGGAGCUUGACAGAAAGCUCAAGGAACACGAGGCUGGAAGGGUUGCAAAUCGCCUGUUCUAUCUAUCAAUUCCACCAAAUAUUUUUGUAGAUGCAGUCAAAUGUGCCAGCUCAUCUGCAUCCUCUGCAAAUGGAUGGACAAGGGUAAUUGUGGAAAAGCCAUUUGGUCGGGAUUCUGAAUCCUCUGCUGCAUUGACAAGGUCCCUCAAGCAAUACUUGGAUGAAGAUCAAAUUUUCAGGAUAGAUCAUUAUCUUGGGAAAGAGCUAGUGGAGAAUCUUUCAGUCCUUCGAUUUUCCAACCUAAUUUUUGAACCCUUGUGGUCAAGACAAUAUAUAAGAAACGUACAAUUCAUAUUUGCUGAAGAUUUUGGCACUGAAGGGCGAGGAGGAUACUUUGACAAUUAUGGAAUAAUUAGAGACAUUAUGCAAAACCAUCUGCUUCAAAUGUUGGCUAUUUUUGCCAUGGAAACCCCUGUGAGCUUGGAUGCAGAAGAUAUCAGAAACGAAAAGGUGAAAGUUUUACGUUCCAUGAGGCCUUUGCGACUUGAUGAUGUGGUGGUAGGACAGUAUAAGAGUCACACAAGAGGGGGUGUUAAGUACCCGGCUUAUACAGAUGACAAGACUGUGCCAGCUGGCAGUCUAACACCAACUUUUGCUGCUGCUGCUCUUUUUAUUGAUAAUGCCAGAUGGGAUGGAGUGCCCUUUUUGAUGAAAGCUGGAAAAGCUUUACAUGAUCGAAGGGCUGAGAUACGAGUGCAGUUUAGACAUGUACCUGGUAAUCUGUACAACAAGAAUAUUGGGACAGAUCUUGACCUGGCAACAAAUGAGCUUGUGAUCCGUGUGCAGCCUGAUGAAGCCAUAUAUCUCAAGAUCAACAACAAAGUCCCUGGUUUGGGGAUGAGAUUGGACCGAAGUAAUCUUAAUCUUCUCUAUGCAGCAAGGUACUCAAAGGAGAUUCCUGAUGCGUAUGAGAGACUUCUUCUGGAUGCAAUCGAAGGAGAAAGAAGGCUUUUUAUACGGAGUGAUGAGCUGAAUGCAGCCUGGUCUUUAUUCAGUCCUGUACUGAAGGAGCUUGAAGAGAAGAAGAUUGUGCCUGAGUAUUAUCCGUAUGGCAGCCGGGGUCCUGUUUGCUCCCACUAUCUUGCCGCCAAGUACAAGGUUCGGUGGGGUGAUAUUGGUUCAGAUCAGCAGCAAGUGUAA